CGCAAACACAAUGCGCAACAAUCGUGGUAACUAAGCGCCAUUGUUGGACGACUUUUUAGUCCUUAAUUCAUGGUAAAAUAGAACUAAUAAUAAACUGUAGACGACGGAUUUUGUGUUAGUGUAUUUUGCGUGAUUUAGUGCAAUAGUGGAAGUGCUUUUGAUUGACUUUAAAGUGGUAAAAAUACACAAAAGACUAGUCAAUGUCAGCAGGCGUGUCAGAUCAGCGGAUGAAAGGACAGGGUAAUCAAGUGUCCAAUGGCCCUAAAGAACAGCUAGGAGGAGGAGAAGGAGCAAGUGGCUCUGAAGAGUUUGAACCAUGGAGAAAUCAGCAACAAAAUUCGGCUGCUCAUGCUUAUGGAGCAUCAGUUCCAAUUUCCAGUGCGACAGACAUAUACAACAUGGGAACUGCAGGUUAUUACGGGAGCGGGGGUACUUACCCGUAUCAGGCUUACGGUGUGGGAGACGGCACUUGGUCGAACGGCACGGAUCCGAUGACGUUUUUGGGGACCUACCACGAUUCGUACUCGAUGGACGGCAUGUUCGGGCCGUCGACGACCUUCUCGACGCCGACUUUCGCCGCCGGGCAGCACUCGUCGUUCAACUAUUUCCACAGCAACGGCGACUACAACACGUGGGGCAACCAGCUGGGCGGCCAGCAGCAGCAGCAGCAGCAGCAACAGCAGCAGCAACGCAAGUACGACGACUACUACAGAGAACCGCAAAACAUUUACACGCAGGCGAUGCCCGACACUCUGAAAAAUGUCGAACAGGCCAUGCAAAACUUAGACUUGAAAGCGUCAAACGACUCUAAGGACUCCCUUGGCGGCGGUCCCCAGAAGAAGACGACAUGGGCCAGCAUAGCGAGCCAGCCGGCCAAACCCCAGCCGCCCAUCCAAAGCCAGGGCCUGAAGAAGAAGGGCCCCGGCAUGCCGCCCGGCCCCAUCGUGCCCGGCAAACACAACAUGGACAUCGGCACGUGGGACACGAGCAAGAGCGCGCCGCCGCCGCAGAUGCCGCCGCCGCAGCAGGCGAACCACCAGCACCAGCAGGCGCCGAAGGGCGCGGGCGGGCCGCCGCCGGUGGCGGUCCGGCCCGGAUGGAGCGGCCCGCCGGCCGCCGCCCGGCACGCGCCGCCCUCCCAGCAGCAGCAGCAGCAGCACCAGCAGAGGCCGCCGCCUCAGCACCCGAUGCAGUCCUACCAGCCGCAGGGGAUGAUGCCGCCCCCUCACAUGCCGCCCCCCGUCAACGUGCCCAACAUGCAGUGCGCGCCGGUGCAGAUGAUGUCGAGCGGGGGGGCGCAGCCGGCGCCGAACCACCCGGUGCUGGACGAGCUGCGCGGCAAGAACAACUACAACCCGACGGACUUCGACCUGACCGCGCCGAACGCGCGCUUCUUCGUCAUCAAGUCGUACUCGGAGGACGACAUCCACCGCAGCAUCAAGUACGAGAUCUGGUGCAGCACCGAGCACGGCAACAAGCGGCUCGACCUGGCGCACAAGGAGCGCGAGGGCAACGGCGCCGUCUACCUGUUCUUCUCGGUCAACGGGUCGGGGCACUUCUGCGGCAUGGCGCAGAUGGUCUCGCACGUCGACUACAACGCCAACAGCUCCGUGUGGUCGCAGGACAAGUGGAAAGGACAGUUUAAGGUGCGAUGGAUAUAUGUAAAAGACGUGCCGAACGUGCAACUGCGUCAUAUACGACUAGAAAAUAAUGAUAAUAAGCCGGUAACGAAUUCCAGGGACACGCAGGAAGUGCCCCACGCUAGAGGACUUCAGGUGCUCAGGAUAAUGCACUCUUACAGACAUUCGACGUCGAUAUUCGACGAUUUCGUGCACUACGAGAAGAGGCAGGAGGAGGAGGACAACCGCAAGCAGCCGCCAUCCAAGGAGCACCAUCAAGGUGGCGGCGGCGGCGGCGGGCCAGUUCACGAGAACAACGGCUGCGGCGGCGGCGGCGGCAGGGAGCAUCGCGGCGACAGGGGCGGCGAUCACCGGGGAGGCGGUCGCAAUCACGAGCAUCGCGACGGCGGCGGCGAGCGCGACAACCAUCGGCAGUCGGGUCACAGGAACAACGAUCACCAUGGGGGCGGCGGUCAUCAUAAGGAACGUGGAGAAAACAGUAGGGGUCGCGGGGGGCGCGGGGGCGGGCGAAACUAAAAACGCGCACCCUAAUUUUUUUAACAAAGCCCAGAUUAAUAUAACGAUAAUAUUAAAAAAUACAUACAUUGUUAUGGCCGCUGUUUACUGUAGUGUUAUCUAUUACUAGCUUGUUAUUUGGUAUACAUUCACAUAGAAGAUUUUAAAUAAAAUAACCUGUGGCUCUGAUUUCGCUGCGUGUCUCUAGGAUUUUAGUGGACAUCUCUCUCAUUCAUUAUUUUGUACCACAUCAAGUAUCUGCAUUGCUGUAAUUGUUUGCUAUAAUCUGUUUGCUUUUCAUCGUAUAACCGUUCAGUUGAGUUCAGUUUUUUGGUGAAGAGACUUGCGGUGUUGCUAUUAAAAAAUAUUAAUCAUGAAAACUAAAUUUCCGGUUAUAAUUUGUACGUGUGGGUUCUUGAUUAAACUCUUGAUUUUUUAAAAAAAGGUAUAUGGAUUAAAUAGUAAAAAUAGUUGUAAAAUAACAAACUUAGUAGCUCACUCUUCGGAUCGGGCCUUAUGCAAUCAAAAUAAGGAGGAAAGAAGAAGGAUUUAGUGCAGUGUCGAUUUGUUUUAUUGGAGUGAAGGACAUCCUAAUAAUAAAUUAAAUUGUAAUAUAAAUAGAUGGACGAUUUAUGACGCGGUUAAAUUUUAAAUAAAGUGUUGAUUUUCCUGGACUAAUUUUAAUCUACAGUGGCUAACUAGUGUCGGUAACGGAGAUCAAUGGACUGCUAACAUCUCUCACUCAUCAUUAUCAACGACAACAGCUGCUGUCGCUGUUGUUUCGAACUCUGAAGCUGUCUAUCUGUGAAAGUGAUUGCUACACAAACAAAACAAGAACUACAUAACAAAUUGGCUAAGUUUAGUUGAUGAACGCUGACAAGUUUGUUUAUAACUUAUUUGUUACAGUUUUACUAAUGUUUUUCAAUUUUCUAAUCUUGUAGGAAAUGACGGACUUUGAGCACCCCCUAGUAGACUAUUCGUUAAGAUAAGGCUGUAAAAACGCGCCAUGCUAUAUUCGUUUUUUGCAAAGGGUAAAUGUAGGCAAAUUAUUCCAUCAUGAAUAAACUAUAAGAACCAAUUAUUUUCCACGUUUAAUUGCAGAAAAGAUUACCACAUUUUACUUAUUUAGCUUUUCUGCAAUUCACAUUUAUACACAGGCCGACAAAAUAAAAUUUUCUUUGGCUAAUUUGGGUGCGCUGAUUCCAAAAAUUUUGCUCAAUCAGCUCUUGUGUUUGCAAUAUUGUAAUAUUGUUUUUAGAUUUGAAAACAUUCAAAUUCGUAUAUAUAUAUAUAUAUAUAUAUAUAUAUAUAUAUAUAUAUAUAUAUAUUGGUAAUUAGCUCUAGGCCCCAAUUAAACAAAAAAAAAAAUCAUACACAUCUACACCUCAAAUAUAAUGUUUUUAACAAAAUAAAUUAGUUUUCAGCCAAAAUUCCUCAAUUUUCAAAAUUUCAAAAAGUGCUGCCCAGCGAACAUUUUUUGUCCGAUUUUUAUGAAAUUUUCAAAAAAUAUAGGUGUCUACUUAAUCGUGUUUAAAUUUCAACGCAAUCGAAUAAAAAUUGUCAAAAUGGAACGGGUCAGAAUUUAUAUUGCGAUAAUUUUAGCUCCCGCCGUUUGUAAACUAAAAUGUGUA